CUGCAGUACUCGGGAUGUUUUAAGAUACUUGAACUUGACCAAAAACAUUGAGAACUCCAUGGCUCGGCCUGAUAGAUAUGGAUCACCCACAGAAGUAAAACUGGAUGUUCACUUCGGUGCCAUUCUUGAUGUGAACGAGAAGGACCAGAAAUUUGUUUCCUCCCUUUGGAUUCAUUCGGAAUGGGAAGAUGAUUCCCUUACCUGGAAUUGUGAUGACUCCUGUGAUAUUUCUGGAAUUCCUCUUUCUACUAAAUUAGUGUGGACGCCAGAUCUUACAAUUGAAGAGAUGAUAAAUAUGGAAAAUACCCUGCCAAGUCCUUAUGUCUGGGUUAACUGUAGUGGUGCAGUCCAUCAAAGGAUCAAAAUGGUGGUGACCAGCAGCUGCAAGAUGGAAGUUUACAAAUUUCCUUUUGAUGUUCAGAGUUGCAGCCUGACUUUCAAGUCUGUCGUACACUAUGCCAAGGAGAUGACACUUGAAAUGUGUGACACCAAUCGGACCAUAGAAAGGACUAAGAAGAUUAUGCAGACAGGGUCAGAGUGGCUGUUUGUCGACCUAAAAACUGAUAACAAAACUAUGGAACGAACAAUAUUGAUUUACACUAUCAUCAUGAAGAGGCGGUCCGUCCUCUACAUCGCCAACUUCUUGCUCCCGGUCCUGUUCUUCUUCUGUCUGGACUUGGCCUCCUUCCUGAUCUCAGAGACUGGGGGAGAGAAGCUCAGCUUCAAGGUCACUGUGCUGCUCGCUGUAACUGUGAUGCAGCUUAUUCUCAAUGAGAUUCUGCCCUCCUCUUCAGACAGCGUUCCACUUGUUGCUGUCUACUGCAUUGGGAUGUUUGGUUUGAUGAUGAUCAGCCUCUUUGAGACUAUUUUGGUGAUGUAUCUGAUGGGGAAAGACAACGAGGCAGAUGAAGACCAAAGACCAAAGAGUGAUGAUUGUGAAGAUAAACGGAGCAAAGUCAGCUGCUGCUGUAAAGAGCUGAAGAAAUGGACUCACUGUGCUCGUGUCUGUGAUGUGUCUGUUGAUGAACCUCCAUCUGAACUGCUGUCAGCAACCAAAGAGGGUAACAGCAGUGAACUGACGGAGGAGUCCGUUGCCUUGGAGAAGGUCUCAGAUGAGCUGAAGGAGGUGAUUCAGCUCCUUAACAGCAGGGAGGAAGCAGGAAAGCUCGGCUACUGGACCAGAGUGGCUAAAACAAUCAACAAAGUUUUUUUCAUUUCCUAUGUCACAGUGGCCAUUGUGUUUUUAGUUGUUAUCUUUUCAUUAUGGAACAGUUAA